AUGGCAGGCAAAGCCACAAGCAAAGGGAGGGAGGAACAGGCCAACCCCUACACCUCCCUCUGUCUGCCUGACGAUCAGUCCAUCAGAGUUCUGACCCUUCAGCCUGGGGGACCCAAAGAUCCACUCAUUGGCGCGCUCGAUUUCGCCCAUCUCGAAUCUGCCGGGGUCUACCAGGCUUUGUCCUAUGUUUGGGGUGACCCAAACGCCAGACACAGCAUCUUUCUUGGUACGGCCGAGCUUGAGAUCACCACGAGCCUGUACGAAGCGCUCAAGCGUAUUCGAGACCCGAAAAAGUCACGACGUGUCUGGGCCGACCAAAUUUGCAUCAACCAAAAAGAUCGAGCCGAGAGAAGCCAGCAGGUCAAAUUCAUGAACAUGAUUUACAAAAACGCGGACCAUGUCUUGGUAUGGCUUGGUCUGGAUGAAGAAAAUCUUGCGGCCAAGGCAUUUGACCUGAUUCACAGGCUAGAUGAGGCGCUCAACAAACACCAGGAGAAACACUCGAAGCCGAGUGUAGAGUAUGUGAAGGGUCUCGAGAAUCAGAUCGAAAAAGAGGGGAGAGCCCUCGAUUGCUUGACCGAUCUUCCUUGGUUUAAACGAGGGUGGAUCGUUCAGGAGAUAGGUACCAAAGCUCCCGCCACCAUGUUCUGGGGAGGGUCGGAGAUAGACUGGGAGACCCUGCACGGGGUUUGCGAGAGGUUGACUGACUUUCACCAUCUUCGAAGCAAGCUCAACAUUCGCACCUCGGACAUCAAGUACGUGUUCCAACGGUUCAUCGAACCGGACCAGAAGAGCUACCAUGCGAACCGCUUCAACUUCAUUUACGAACUCCAUCGAGCCCGCGGUCUUCAGCUCACAGACGCACUGGACCGCGUAUUUGCAUGGUUGGGCCAUUACUCUGUUCGUGGCAAGAACCAGCAACUCGCCAUGCUCGAGGCGAAGUACGACAAGUCGGUGGCCGAGGUGUACACCGAUGUUGCGAAACGCUCAUUGCUCGGUGAGAAUGACGAAGCGACCGGAUCUGCUCUGAUCGCACUGGCAGCUGUGCAGCACAAGAGCCUGCCAUCGGCAAAGACCAGGGAUGAUGAGAGCGACGUCCAUGAGACAGCUAGGACUGCCGACAACGACGACAAAUUACCGACUUGGGUGCCAGACUGGAGAAGGUCCAAUCAGUCGUUCAUUCUCUCCGAGCCCAUUGUCCCCCAUCGCGCCCACGGCACUUCAUCGCCGGAGAUUGACAUUAUGAGAGACAAACCGAUCCUCAAAAUCGGUGGGGUCAUUUUUGAUAGGGUGAAAUGGUGCAGUCGGUUACUCAGGGCCAAGGAAUUCCACCCGAGACCAGUUCGGGAGGAGCCAGUCCGGGAGGAGGCUGAGCUGGCGAUAGACUACCUGUGGCGUGAGGGUUGUGACCAGGGCGGCCAGUUCGACCUUAGCGUGAGGUACCCAAACGGUCAAGAAGCACUUUUCGCUCUGAUGCAGACGUUGAGCAAUGGCUGCGUGCAAAUUGCCGGCCGGGAAGGCAAGGCAUAUCGAGACAUUCCCUGCAGCAGGUGGCUGGAACAACAAGCAGCGUACCUGGCAAAGGUCUUUGAUUUGAGUUCAUGUUCGUCGUGCCCGAAGCUCCAUCGGCUUGCCGAGGAGGCGGCAAAGGGUGACGAGCAUCACGAAGGAGAGCAGUGGAGUCGAGCAGCCAACGGAGCCUCGAAGAAUCGAAAGUUUGCGAGAACCGACAGUGGCUAUUACGUCUUGGGGCCGGAGGUCAUGGAGGAGACGGACAUUAUUUGCGUCCUCUUUGGGGGAAAGAUGCCAUUUUGCCUGCGGCCUUGGAACUCCCACUACCUUCUCGUGGGAGAGUGUUAUGUGCAUGGCUUGAUGGAUGGAGAGGCGAUGGAGAUGCUUCGUCAAGGCCUCAUUCCCCAAGAAACGUUUGAGAUUGUCUGA